GUCCAGGAAGGAAAGAGGAAAGAAGCAAGAAGAGCAAGACCGACGGCGACGCGCUUUUCGGCGAGAAAGAUGAUGUCCCUUGCCGCUCGUUCGGGGUCCUUUUCCCCAUACUUGCAGGCGACGAAUUUUGCUGUGGCUGGACCACUCAAAGCCCUUGUACCUGGAGUUGUUGUGAAAAGCGAGCAUGUGCAUUUAGAUCUUAAAAAGUCGUUUCUCACCCGCGAAUCCUUAAAUGGACAAAGUCCCACGACUGGGCCUGCUAUCUCAGUCAGCAUCAAUGCCCGGGCUGGAGUUCGCUUUGCUCACACAGACAUCAAGAUCCCUGACUUCUCAGAUUACCGCCGUCCUGAUGUGAUGGAUCCAAACAAAUCCUCCCAGGAGAGCAGUGAAUCCCGGCGAGUCUUCUCCUACAUCCUCACUGGGUCCACGGCUGUGGUGGGAGUCUAUGCUGCCAAAACCGUUGUUACCCAGUUUGUCUCCUCCAUGAGUGCCUCAGCUGACGUCUUGGCGUUGUCAAAGAUUGAGGUCAAACUUGGAGACAUCCCAGAGGGCAAGAACAUGACCUUCAAGUGGAGAGGAAAGCCUCUGUUUGUCCGCCAUCGUACAGAAAAGGAGAUCGCCACUGAGGCUGCUGUGGAUCUGUCUCAGCUCCGAGACCCUCAGCAUGACAAGGACCGUGUGCAAAAUCCAUCUUGGGUUAUCGUCCUCGGUGUGUGCACCCACCUUGGCUGUGUGCCCAUUGCUAACGCUGGUGAAUUUGGGGGCUACUACUGUCCCUGCCAUGGUUCCCACUAUGACGCAUCAGGCCGCAUUAGAAAGGGCCCUGCUCCACUCAACCUAGAGGUCCCUUACUAUGAGUUCCCAGAUGAAGAGACAGUUAUUGUUGGAUAAAAUGUUGGACUGUUGAUUUCUCCUGUGAGCAGUUUAUCUGAUCUGCCUUGUUUUUCUCUGUUCUGAUACCAUCUUUUACAGAUAAUUUCAGGGAAUGGGAGUGGGUGGCUGAUUUCCUGUAAUAAAUGUACAUUUUACCCAUAUGAAUGCCUGAUUUAAGUUAUUCACUCAGAACAUUGUUUUUUUCCAAUCACUGUAAUCCAGCAUUGCUACUAGAAUAUUUGUUCAGAAGUUACUCUCUCUCUGAAUUGGGACAGGAUUUCAAACAUUAAAAGUUAUUGCUGCACAGGGGUAGAGCGGAAAAUGAAAGUUGGUCCGAAGAAUUUUAACUGUACCUAUGAAACGCAUAGUACAUGUCAGUCAGGUCAGAUUACGUGGCAGAUGAUGAUCAGAGUAUACAGAAUGUGAAAUAGUCAAAUAAUGCCAUAUAGCCUUGACCGAUUUCACCAUAGAUGAACACUUUGAGAUGCCAGAGAUGCAAGGAAAUGCUUUUGAGUUGAUUGGGGUCUUUUUAACUGUUAAAGGCUGAAUGAGCCAGUGGGUACAUAAGUAUUGAGGAGCCCUUAUCCUCUAACCACAGUGUGAACACAGAUUUAUUUUUUCUAUUCAAAUGUUGCCCAUACACAUGCAGUGUCAACUAUGUAAAUCAAAUAAAGGUGACAAAAAUAAAGAAAAUUACGUUUUGUGUGA